AGAGGGCGAGCUGGUCCCUGUGGCCGCCAUUAAAGCGAAGGGAAAACCCGUGAAUUCGGAUUAAAGGGGGAAAAACACCGCCCGCCGGGCCCACAAAAUGGGGGAGACUACGGCGUCCGGGCGGUGAGGCGGCCGGAGGGAGACGCCAGGCGGGCCGGGCCCGGCGACGACGCGAGGACACGGGCGGGGAAUGGACUGAGCCCGCCGCCGCCGCCGCCGCCGCCGCCGCCGCUGAGGAGACUCCGGGCUUGAGGACGUCGCCGCCGCCGGGCCGGGGGCCCCGGGCUGCCCCGCCGCUCCUCGGCCUUCCCGCCCCUCGGCGGGCGCCCCCGCGCCGGGCCGGAGCGUCCGGGGCGUCCGGGCUCGGGCCGCCGAGCCCCGGGCUGGGGCCAUUGAUCGCGUAACCGACUGUUUUUUGUUGUUGUUGUUGUUUUGUUUUUUUUAGUCUCUCUCCGGUGGAAGGGACGCACCUCCCUUCCCCUCGGCCCCCGGAGAGGGACGCGCGUCCCCGGGCCCCGCGGCCCCGGCGGCCGGCCGAGCGCGGCGCGGCCCUCCCCGCCUGCGGCCUCGGCCCCGGGCGGCUGGGUGCCUCCGGGCGGCGGGGGCCGCGGCGGCGCCGGGGGGCGGCGGGGAGGGCGGGCGGCCCGGCGGCCUCCUCCCCACCGCCCCCCGCCCUCCCCGGUGUCUGUGUUUCUCUCUCUCUGGUCGGAGGCGGCGGUAAUGGCGGAUGGUGGGUUGUGGCGCCGGCGGCGGCUGCUGUGAGGGACGAUGAGUUCCUCCUUCGUGUCGAACGGGGCCAGCCUGGAAGAUUGUCACUGUAACCUCUUCUGCCUGGCCGACUUGACAGGAAUUAAGUGGAAAAGAUAUGUAUGGCAAGGCCCAACUUCUGCCCCUAUUCUGUUUCCGGUGACAGAAGAAGACCCCAUUUUGAGCAGUUUUAGUCGCUGCCUUAAGGCAGAUGUACUUGGUGUUUGGCGGCGCGAUCAAAGACCUGGGAGAAGAGAAUUGUGGAUAUUUUGGUGGGGUAAAGAUCCCAAUUUUGCUGACCUUAUUCACCAUGACUUAUCAGAAGAGGAAGAUGGAGUGUGGGAGAAUGGCCUUUCCUAUGAAUGCCGCACUUUGCUUUUCAAAGCAGUUCACAAUCUCUUGGAGCGUUGUCUAAUGAACCGAAACUUUGUGCGAAUUGGCAAGUGGUUUGUGAAGCCGUAUGAGAAAGAUGAAAAACCUAUAAAUAAAAGUGAACACUUGUCCUGCUCUUUCACCUUUUUCUUGCAUGGAGACAGCAAUGUUUGUACCAGUGUGGAAAUUAACCAACAUCAACCUGUAUACCUUCUCAGUGAAGAGCAUGUCACCCUUGCUCAACAGUCUAACAGCCCAUUUCAAGUUAUCUUAAGUCCAUUUGGACUAAAUGGCACCCUCACGGGACAGGCAUUCAAGAUGUCUGAUUCAGCUACAAAAAAGUUAAUUGGUGAAUGGAAACAGUUUUAUCCUAUUUCAUGUGGUUUGAAGGAGAUGUCUGAAGAAAAACAGGAAGAUAUGGAUUGGGAAGAUGAUUCUUUGGCUGCAGUAGAAGUUCUUGUUGCGGGUGUCCGAAUGAUCUACCCAGCAUGCUUUGUUCUAGUCCCUCAGUCAGACAUUCCUACUCCUAGCUCUGUGGGAUCCUCUCACUGUUCAGCUUCGUGCUUGGGUGUCCAUCAAGUGCCUGCUUCCACAAGAGACCCUGCUAUGUCUUCAGUUACUCUAACCCCGCCCACAUCUCCUGAGGAAGUCCAGACAGUUGAUCCUCAGUCUGCCCAGAAGUGGGUCAAAUUUUCUUCAGUAUCUGAUGGCUUCAGCACUGACAGCACUAGCCAUCAUGGGGGGAAAAUACCCAGAAAAUUAGCAAAUCACGUGGUGGAUAGAGUCUGGCAAGAAUGCAACAUGAACAGAUUACAGAACAAGAGAAAGUAUUCUGCUACAUCCAGUGGCCUCUGUGAAGAAGAGACAGCUGAUAAAAUGGUAUGCUGGGACUUUGUUGAAGCCACACAAAGAACAAGUUGCAGUUGUUUGAGGCAUAAAAGUCUCAAAACAAGAAACACCGGGCAACAAGGACAGGCACCAUCUUUAGGGCAGCAACAGCAAGUACUUCCUAAGCACAAGACCAAUGAGAAGCAAGAAAAGAGUGAAAAGCCACAAAAACGCCCCUUGACUCCUUUUCACCAUCGUGUAUCGAUUAGUGAGGAUAUUGGCAUGGACACAGAUUCGGCCAGCCAAAGACUUGUGAUCUCUGCUGCAGACAGUCAAGUGAGGUUUUCAAACAUCCGAACUAAUGAUGUAGCAAAGACUCCUCAGAUGCACGGCACUGAGCUGGCAAAUUCACCUCAGCCUCCCCCACUUAGUCCUCAUCCAUGUGAUGUGGUUGAUGAAGGAGUGACUAAAACACCUUCAACUCCUCAGAGUCAACAUUUUUAUCAGAUGCCAACACCGGAUCCCUUGGUUCCUACCAAACCAAUGGAAGAUAGGAUAGACAGUUUGUCCCAGUCGUUCCCACCUCCAUUUCAGGAAGCUGUAGAACCUACUGUGUAUGUUGGUGCAGCAGUAAGCUUGGAAGAAGACGAAGCUAAUGUAGCCUGGAAGUAUUACAAAGUCCCAAAGAAAAAAGAUGUAGAGUUUUUACCACCUCAGCUUCCAAAUGAUAAAUUCAAGGAUGACCCGGUUGGACCUUUUGCACAGGAAAGUGUAACAUCAGUUACUGAGUUAAUGGUGCAGUGUAAGAAACCUUUAAAAGUUUCUGAUGAAAUAGUCCAGCAAUAUAAAAUUAAAAAUCAGUAUCUUUCAGCAAUAGCAUCUGAUGCAGAACAAGAACCUAAAAUUGAUCCAUAUGCAUUUGUUGAAGGAGAUGAGGAAUUCAUUUUUACUGAUAAAAAAGAUAGGCAAAAUAGCGAGAGAGAAGCUGGGAAGAAACACAAGGUGGAAGAUGGGACAUCUACUGUUACAGUGUUAGCACACGAAGAAGAUGCUAUGUCAUUAUUUAGUCCCUCUAAGCAAGAUGCUCCACGUCCUACUAAUCAUGCCCGUCCUCCAUCAACCAGUUUGAUAUAUGACUCAGAUCUGGCUGUCUCUUACACUGACCUUGAUAACCUCUUCAAUUCUGAUGAAGAUGAAUUAACACCUGGAUCUAAGAAAUCAGCAAGUGGAUCAGAUGAUAAAGCCAGCUCCAAAGAAUCAAAGACAGGAAGCCUGGAUCCGUUGUCUUGCAUAAGCACAGCAGAUCUUCAUAAGAUGUAUCCCACACCACCAUCAUUGGAACAACACAUCAUGGGGUUUUCUCCAAUGAAUAUGAAUAGCAAAGAAUAUGGUAGUAUGGACACGGCACCUGGAGCAACUGUCCUGGAAGGAAACACUUCUAGUUUAGGAGCUCAGUUCAGGAUUGAGGUUGAGGAGGGCUUCUGUAGCCCCAAACCUUCAGAAAUUAAAGAUUUUUCUUAUGUCUAUAAGUCUGAAAAUUGUCAAGUUCUAGUAGGAUGUUCCAUGUUUGCACCUUUAAAAACUCUACCAAGCCAUUAUCUGCCUCCUAUCAAAUUGCCAGAAGAGUGUAUUUACCGGCAGAGCUGGACUGUUGGAAAAUUGGACUUGCUUCCUUCAGGCCCUUCAAUGCCAUUCAUCAAAGAAGGCGAUGGAAGUAAUAUUGAUCAAGAUUAUGGCCCUGCCUACACACCUCAAACUCAUACUUCUUUUGGGAUGCCUCCGAGCAGCGCACCUCCUAGUAAUGGUGGCGGGGGAAUUCUUCCUUCUCCAUCCACCCCUAGGUUUCCAACUCCAAGGACUCCAAGGACUCCUAGGACUCCUCGUGGAGCUGGUGGACCUGCUAGUGCUCAAGGCUCAGUCAAGUAUGAGAAUUCAGACUUGUAUUCACCAGCUUCCACCCCAUCUACAUGCAGACCCCUCAAUUCUGUUGAGCCUGCAACUGUCCCUUCCAUCCCUGAAGCGCACAGUCUUUAUGUAAACCUCAUCCUUUCAGAAUCCGUAAUGAAUCUGUUUAAAGACUGUAAUUUUGACAGUUGCUGUAUUUGUGUUUGCAACAUGAAUAUCAAGGGUGCCGAUGUUGGAGUUUACAUUCCAGAUCCAACGCAGGAAGCACAGUAUCGAUGUACCUGUGGCUUCAGUGCUGUCAUGAACCGAAAAUUUGGAAAUAAUUCAGGAUUAUUUCUUGAAGAUGAACUUGAUAUCAUAGGACGUAACACAGACUGUGGCAAAGAAGCAGAAAAACGUUUUGAAGCUCUCAGGGCUUCCUCUGCAGAUAAUGUUAAUGGAGGCCUAAAGGAAUCGGAAAAGGUGCCUGAAGAGUUGAUAUUACUGCUACAAGAUCAAUGCACUAAUUUAUUUUCACCCUUUGGAGCAGCAGACCAAGAUCCUUUUCCCAAAGUGGGUAUAAGUAGCAAUUGGGUGCGUGUUGAGGAGCGGGACUGUUGUAGUGACUGCUGUCUCGCAUUAGAACAUGGCCGUCAGUUUAUGGAUAACAUGUCAGGAGGAAAGGUUGAUGAAGCACUUGUCAGGAGCUCAUGCUUACACCCAUGGGCCAAGCAAAAUGACCUGAGUGUGCAGUGUUCACAGGAUAUACUUCGAAUGCUCCUCUCUCUUCAGCCAGUCCUUCAAGAUGCUAUUCAGAAAAAGAGAACAGUGAGGCCUUGGGGAGUUCAGGGUCCUCUCACUUGGCAACAAUUUCAUAAAAUGGCUGGCCGAGGCUCUUAUGGAACUGAUGAAUCUCCAGAACCACUGCCAAUUCCCACGUUUUUGUUGGGUUAUGAUUAUGAUUUUCUGGUGCUUUCUCCAUUUGCUCUCCCUUAUUGGGAGAAACUUAUGCUGGAACCUUAUGGAUCUCAAAGAGAUAUAGCCUAUGUUGUACUCUGUCCAGAGAAUGAAGCUUUGUUAAAUGGAGCCAAAAGCUUUUUUAGAGAUCUUACUGCAAUAUAUGAGUCCUGUCGAUUGGGCCAACACAGACCUAUUUCUCGACUGUUGCCUGAUGGGAUCAUGAAAGUGGGAGCUACUGCAUCAAAGAAACUUUCAGAAAAGUUUGUAUCAGAAUGGUUUUCUCAGGCAGCUGAUGGUAACAAUGAAGCAUUUUCUAAAUUGAAGUUGUAUGCACAAGUCUGCAGAUAUGAUUUAGGUCCAUAUCUUGCUUCUCAGCCGUUGGACAGCUCUCUGCUCUCCCAGCCAAAUUUAGUUUCCCCUACAAAUCAGUCUUUGCUUACUGCACCUCAGAUGACAAAUCCUGGAAACGCUAAUACUCCAUCUGCUACCUUAGCAUCUGCGGCAAGUAGCACUAUGACAGUGACUUCAGGGGUUGCCAUAUCUACUUCAGUUGCCACAGCUAAUUCAACUUUGACCACAACUUCAUCUUCAUCAUCUUCCAAUAUGAGUAGUGGCGUGUCCUCAAGUAAACUGCCUUCGUUUCCACCCUUUGGCAGUAUGAACACUAGUGGUACAGGAUCCAUGUCUGCACAAGCAAGUACAGUUCAGAGUGGCCAGCUAGGAGGACAGCAGCCAUCCUCUCUGCAGGCAGCAGGAGCAUCAGGGGAAUCGGCCUCACUUCCCACUCAGCCGCAUCCUGACGUGUCUGAAAGCACAAUGGAUCGCGAUAAAGUGGGGAUUCCCACAGAUGGUGAUUCACAUGCAAUUACCUACCCACCCGCAAUUGUUGUUUAUAUAAUUGAUCCUUUUACAUAUGAAAAUAAAGAUGAGAGCACUAACUCUUCUACUAUAUGGACUUUGGGGCUACUUCGAUGCUUCCUGGAAAUGGUCCAGACUCUUCCUUCUCAUAUCAAGAGUACUGUUUCUGUACAGAUUGUUCCUUGUCAGUACCUGUUACAACCUGUGAAACAUGACGACAGACAAAUCUAUACCCAGCAUUUAAAAUCUUUGGCUUUUUCGGCCUUUACCCAGUGUCGGAGACCACUUCCAACAUCAACCAAUGUAAAAACACUGACUGGGUUUGGUCCAGGCUUAGCUAUGGAAACUGCCCUUAAAAGUCCUGAUAGACCAGAGUGUAUUCGACUUUAUACACCACCUUUUAUUCUGGCUCCUGUGAAGGACAAACAAACAGAGCUAGGAGAGACGUUUGGAGAAGCUGGACAGAAAUACAAUGUUCUUUUUGUGUGCUACUGUUUAUCACAUGAUCAAAGGUGGAUUCUUGCAUCCUGCACAGAUCUAUAUGGAGAACUUCUAGAAACAUGUAUCAUUAACAUCGAUGUUCCAAAUAGGGCCCGUCGGAAAAAGGGUUCUGCUAGAAGAGUUGGUCUGCAGAAACUUUGGGAGUGGUGCUUAGGACUUGUUCAGAUGAGUUCCUUACCAUGGAGAGUUGUGAUCGGUCGCCUGGGUAGGAUUGGACAUGGAGAAUUGAAAGACUGGAGCUGUUUGCUGAGUCGUCGAAACUUGCAGUCUCUAAGCAAAAGGCUCAAAGACAUGUGUAGGAUGUGUGGCAUAUCUGCUGCAGACUCUCCGAGCAUCCUCAGUGCUUGUUUGGUUGCAAUGGAGCCCCAGGGUUCUUUUGUUAUCAUGCCAGAUUCUGUGUCAACUGGUUCUGUUUUUGGAAGAAGCACCACCCUAAAUAUGCAGACGCCUCAGCUAAAUACCCCACAAGACACAUCAUGUACUCACAUCCUUGUGUUCCCUACUUCUGCUUCUGUGCAAGUAGCUUCAGCUACUUAUACCACUGAAAAUUUGGACUUAGCUUUCAAUCCCAACAAUGAUGGAGCAGAUGGAAUGGGUAUCUUUGAUUUGUUAGACACAGGAGAUGAUCUUGAUCCUGACAUCAUUAAUAUCCUUCCUGCAUCUCCAACUGCAUCUCCUGUACACUCUCCAGGCUCUCAUUACCCCCAUGGCGGUGAUGCUGGCAAGGGUCAGGGUACUGAUCGGCUACUCUCAACAGAAUCGCAUGAUGAAGUAACUAAUAUUCUUCAACAACCAUUGGCCCUUGGAUACUUCGUAUCAACUGCCAAAGCGGGUCCAUUACCUGACUGGUUCUGGUCAGCAUGUCCUCAAGCACAAUAUCAAUGCCCCCUUUUUCUUAAGGCCUCUUUGCACCUCCACGUGCCUUCAGUGCAAUCUGACGAGCUGCUUCACAGUAAACACUCCCACCCACUUGACUCAAAUCAGACUUCAGAUGUCCUCAGGUUUGUUUUGGAACAGUACAAUGCACUCUCGUGGCUAACCUGUGACCCUGCAAUCCAGGACAGACGCUCAUGUCUCCCAAUUCAUUUUGUGGUGCUGACUCAGUUAUAUAACUUUAUCAUGAAUAUGCUGUGAUCUUCGUUUGAUGGAAUUGCGCAAGGAAAGAACAGGAAGAAAGGAUAUUUUGCUUCAGGAUUAAGUUACAGUUCUCAGUGGAAGUCAUUUGUGAUGGGGUCUAAUUCUUAUUACUUCAACAAAUAUUGUUUUGACUUGGGGGGGUGGGGCUAUAACCCUAUUUUUCAUUGACUAUACUGAGCUCUUUAGGAUGAUGACUGAUUAUUCAAAACGUAUUAUAACAUUUUCGUAGCAAAAAUUAACCUUUUUUUUCCAGUCACAGUAUUUGUGAAAAGUAAUGAGCCAUAGUACCCAUUCAUGUUAAAGAAUAUUAAAAGCAUGGAGAGGAAACAUGAGGAACAAUGAAUUUCAACAUAUGGCUUUAGAACAUCAAGAUGUUCUUGUAUUGGAUAUAGUAUCUAGUAUUCAAAAAUGCCUGCAUCUCUUAUUUAUUGUAAGUUUUUAAAUGUAUAAAUUGUCUUAUAUUUCUUAACCUCUUUUAUAAAAAUUUUCCUAGAAGGUUUAUACUGCCUUCUUGCUUUAAAGCAAUUGGUCUAAAAUAUAUGUAAUCGUCUUAAUUAAAAAGUUGCAGUAGGGUUGCUUUUAGAGUAUUAUUUUUUUGUAAGGGGGUGGGUUGGACAGUAAAUUUGUAUUGUCUCAAUGUACAGUUUAACAGGGAUAGAGGGGAAAUAAUGUCCAUACCAUUGUGUGUGGAAGAUUUACAGCUAAGCUGUAGUUGCAGAGUACAUGUACAGUAAUGAAGUUCACUGUGUUUAUAAACUGAAAAGGUACUGGGUCUUACAGCAUUUUAUAUAUCACACCUUUACAGAAUAACAUGAUGGCAAUAUACAUACGUGAUAUUGUUAGGUGGAUUAACUUAGAAUAAAAUGAGAAUUCUUCAGUUAUAUUUUGUACUAUGGUUUAGGGCUAUGACUAAUAUUUCAGGCCAUUUCCAGUGAAAGAAACUUAGUUUUACAAGGAAAAAAAAAACAUUUGCUACUGAAUGCUUAAACUAAUUUUGGUGUUUAAUGUUACAUGCUUAAAUUUUUUUCAGUUUUCACAGUGGCACAUUUAGGCAUGGGGAUAUUACUAAUUAUGAAAUUUUUCUGCAGGAUCUGUUAGAAGGUUGAAAUUUAGCCCAGCUCUAGGCAUUUUACAAAUUAUUUUAAGAGCAGUCACUCUUGAUUAUUUUACUUUUUUUUAAAUUAAAGAUUGGGAACGUGUGUGAGUAUGGGUGUGCGUGCGUGUGAGAGAGAGAGAGAGAGAGAGAGAGGGAGAGCAUGAGAGCAAGAGAGAGAGUGCAAUCAAACUGUGGUGUAAAUAGAUCCUCAGUGAGUUCUGGUCUUCAGACUCUGUUCCACUAGUGAAAGAAGCAUUUUCUGAACUGUUUCCCUUUGACUUUUUUAUUUAUUGAAUUUUCUUGGUUUGGAGAUGGCAGUCCCAAACACCAGAGUCUGUACUUUUCUAUGACAGCUCAAAUUAAGGUAGGGCACAUGCCAAGGAGGUUCUCACCUCCCUAAAGAAGGGACUUGAAUUUUAGGGACUUUAAUUCACCCCUUCCUUCAAUACAGCUUCCCCCUUCUUAUUUGCACAUGCCAAGAUAACUGCUUCAUGCAGCUUUCCCCCUUGACAGAACCCUUCCCACAGUGCUGCUCUCAGGAGCCCCGCGAGUCUCCUGCCUGCAUUGCUGACUUGAAUUCACAGUCGCCGAGUCUACCUAUCUUUCUUGGAAGCAGUCUUUCAAAAUUCCUACUUGUAUAUUCAUUAUUGUUGACAAGGACAAAAUCAGUUGUAUUUACAAAACUCUAACUCAGUAUGUUUUUUUUUUUAAACUGAAACCUUUUUUGUAAAUAGUAUACAUUUAAUGUUGCUUAGCAUAAAAACACUUUCUUAAAAACAGUAUAUCUUCUUUAAAUUGGAUAUAUGAAACAUUACCAACUCUGAUUUUCUAUAGAGGAACACAAUUAGUAACAAGUUUUCAAAUUAUUCCUUCAACGUUAAUAGAACAAUCCAAAUGUUGAGCAUAUUUUGAUACUGAAUUAAAGAUCACAUCUCUGUUUUUAAAUUAUGCUAAUACCACCACAGAUUAUGUUGACAUAUUUUGUUCUGUAUUUUCUUGGCGGGGGGGGGGGUACUUAAGAUUUGAGGGAAAAGAUGCUUAUUUGGAAUUUCUAUUAAAAAACUAUCCUUGUUAUUUUCUUAGCUGAAUAAUGACUCAAGAAAAUAAAAGAUUAUAAUCUCGGUUUAAAAUUACUAAUAUAUGGUAACCACACUUCAGUUUGAAACAGAUUUAACAAGAUUAUUCCCUGACAGUUCCUUCUAUGUAACCAUAAGCAGGGACCCAACAUACAAUUUUUCUUACCUGGGAAUCAGGAACUAGUCCCAAAUAUACAGGAUUUAUUCAUGUGUUGUUUUUUUUUUUCUUUUCUUUUCCCUUUCCUUCAUUCAUCAGUUCUUGCUCAAAUAGGAAGUUACUAAAUAGCCAUUAGAAGAAGAAAUGAAGCCUUUUGUGCAGGAUGACAGAGCUAACUUAUUAAUGUACUGUCACAGACAAGCAUGGGUAAUUGUUUUAUUUGAGUAGGUAACCAAAAGUGUAUACUUUCUUCUGGCAAAUUCUCAACACUUUUCCUCAUUUCAGUGCUAAUGCCUGUUUUGUGUGCAGUUAUUCAUUAUGAAGCAGGUGAAAGUUCAGUAUUUUAGCAUUUUAAAAGAUUAGUUAUAUAAUGUCUGCUUCCAGCCAGUCUGAAACAUCUAGCCAUACCUUCCUUAUGCAAGCCAUUCAGUUAUCAGGACUGUGAAUUAACACUGUAUCAAUACAUUUCUGUACACCUUAUUGUUUGGCCAGAAGGCCACUAAGUGUACUUAUAUGUAAUCCUUAAAUUUUAAAAUAGCUUGUAAUUUUUAAAUAUUUCUAAACUUUUCUUAAACCACUAAAAUUAAGCUCUUACUACUUAGUCAAUUAUCCUCAGCUGUAUUCGUCCUCAAUUGUCAGUAUGGCACAGAUUACUGUAUUAAAAUACUCUUUCGUCUUCAUAUUUACCCUUUGAGGUAAUUUUUUUAACUUAAUGUGUUACUACAAAGAUUUGCAGAUCUUUAAUCAAGCACUAUGUUAAUUCUGUAAUAUCAAAAUAUUAUGUCGCAUUAUUCAAAAUGUUCAUCUUGAAUAGGUUCAAAGAAAGUCUUUAAAUGCUGUUGCAUCAUAGAAUCUGUUCCUACCCACUGUGGCAUUGCAUAUUAAUCUAUUGAGACAUUCAUUGUUGCUUGACUGACAUUUUGGUCCGACUUUCCUCUUAAUAUUUUAGUUUAAUUAAAAUUAAGAAAAAUGUGUAUAACAUUUUGAUUUUGUCCCAUUCUCCCCAGAUCAGUGGGAAAAUAUUACCUUUUGGUAUUUCUUAGUGUUUUCAUGGGCCCAGAACUAUGGUUUAAAAUUUUUAUAUAUGUAUUCUCAUUCUCAUAUUUUCUCUCUCUCUUUCUCUCUCUCUCUUUUGUGGAGUAUAAAUUUAAAAACUGGAUUUGGGACCUAAAAUACUCCUCAGGUUGAGAUAUUCUUGAAGUUUUAAAAUAGCUUUAGUUUUUAAAGUAAACUGGAUUUGUGGACCUUAAAGUUACUGAGUUUAAACUACAAAUUGUAACAUCAUUACUGGACAUGUCAGCAUCAACCCUCUCAGAAUAGCUUGGUCACUUUAUGAAGGGGCGUUUUUAAGUUGUUUAGCAGUGACAUUUAAUAUGGUCCAAUUGCUUUUCUUUUAACCGUGACAAAAAAAUUUUAAGAAAGAAUAAGGAACAAACACUAUUGCUGCCGAAUGCCAUAACACUGAGUUGUACAAAUUGUGAUUGAGGAAAUGAAAAAGUUUAUACUUUUUAAAAAAAAAAAACAAAAAACAAAACUUCAAAUGGAAUAAAUUAUUCAUGAAGCCUUCA